GUAUUUUUCAACGUCUAUACUAGUGAACGAAAAAUAAUUAGUUAUCCGAUAAUGAAGUCAUUUUUUCGCACUAAACAUAGAAAAUGACUUUAUUAUUACUACUCCUUAUAUUUUGAUUGGACCAAACACAUCCGAUAUUCAUUCAUUUUUGUGAUAUUAUCCUCCUUUGUGACCUUACAAGCCUGAUAAAAAAUUAGCAGCUAACUAGUUUAGCUAUGGAUUCAUCAAGAAUAACUCUCCGUCCAUACAGAUCAACGGACGUUGAUGAUGUACUCUCAUGGGCAUCCGAUGAUCGCAUAACCCGAUCCACCCAUUUCAGCACAUUGACUUCCAAAGAAGAUGCGUUGAAUUUCAUCGACAAAUCCUCUAUCCCUUGGCGUCGAUCCAUAUGCAUCGACGAUCGAUCGAUCGGGAUGGUGGUGGCCCGACCUGGAUCGGGUGAUGACAGAUGUCGAGCUGAGAUAGGAUAUGUUUUAGGAGUUGAGUAUUGGGGACAGGGGAUUACACCGGUGGCGGUGAAGAUGGCAAUUCCUUUAAUUUUGGAAGAGUUUCCUGAAAUAGUAAGGCUUCAAGCAUUAUCUAAUGCUGAGCAUAAAGCAUCACAUAAAGUGUUGGAGAAGGCUGGGUUUGUAAAAGAUGGUAUGUUUAGAAAGUAUUUAUACUUUAAAGGUGAAAUUAAGGAUGUUGUACUUUAUAGUUUUCUUUCCACUGAUCCUAUACCUUCAUGAAAUUUAAACAUAUGUCCCUGCUAGUGUUUUCGAUGCUCUAUUGAAAAUAA